AUCUACUUUUUCUAGUACCUUAGCUAGUCGCUAUCGCUGGGCUUUUGGUGCCUUUGAGGGGGGUUUUCUAGUUCUUUACCAGCCACUUUCUUCAAUAUCAUAUAUCUGAAUCUCUAUACUACUUUUUCUUCUUCUUUUUCUUUUUCUAUCCUUUGGUGCUUCGUUUCUCAGCUGUCGUCGGAUGUCAUCGACGUCGACAACUCGGGUCUACCUAGCAUCGAAGUAGCAAGCUUGCUCUUGAAAGAAUUUAGUCACAUUGCUUUGUUCAUCUCCUACUGUUCUAACAUACAUUCCCCACAAUGCCGUCGUCACCUACUCACCGUGUCCCUAGAAAAAAGGUCGCCGUCGUCGGCAGCGGCUCGGCCGGAAUAGCCGCGCUCUGGGCACUUAAUCGCACGCAUCAUGAUGUCUAUCUCUACGAAGCCGCUGGACGGCUAGGCGGCCAUACGAAUACCGUUCCCUUCCAUCAUGGAAAGUACACCACGAUGGUUGAUACCGGAUUCAUUGUCAUGAACACGGCUACAUACCCCAAUUUUAUCAACUUCCUCAAGAAGAUUGGAGUUCCAACUGCAGUGACGGAAAUGUCGUUUGGAAUCUCGCGUGACCGUGGCCUUUUCGAGUGGGCUGGCACGAGCCUCGGGGCCAUCUUUUGCCAGUUGAGGAAUGUUUUCUCGUGGAGGAUGUGGCGGAUGAUAUUCGAUAUCGUGCGCUUCAACCAGCUUGCUCUCGACCUCCUGCGGUACGAGGAGGGCCACGAGCCAAACUCAAAGAAGAGAAUUGACUUGGAUGAAUCCAUCGGUCACUACCUCGAGCGUGAAGGGUACUCGGACGGGUUCCGGGAUGAUUACCUCAUUCCCAUGACGGCGUGUGUGUGGAGCACAAGUCCGGAUAAGUGUUUACUUGAGUUCCCGGCCAUCACACUCGUCCGAUUUCUCUGGAACCAUCACCUGCUGUCAACGAUUUCUAAAAGGCCAGACUGGCUGACUAUUCCGGAUGGCUCCAAGGCGUAUGUAGACGCCGUGAUGAAGGGAUUCCCUCCUAACCAUCUUUUCCUCAACACGCCAGUCAAAUCACUUUCAAAUGACGCAGAUGGACGUGUCCGGUUGCAUCUCGAAGGUGGCAAGUCCGAGGUUUACGAUCAUGUGAUUUUGGCCACCCAUGGCGACCAGGCUUAUUCGAUAAUUCAAGAUUCUGCCACCCCUCAGGAGAGACAGAUCAUGUCUUGCUUUGAGACCUCAGCAAACACAGCUUUUCUGCAUUCGGAUGUUUCCCUGAUGCCAGUCUCGAGGAAGGCCUGGUCGAGCUGGAACUUUUUGACCUUGUCGAACCCCGAGUCUGGACGGAGUAACACUGAUCAGGUAAGCUUAACUUACAACAUGAACAUACUACAACAUAUCCCGCGAGAUAUCUUCGGAGACGUGCUUGUAACGUUGAACCCACUGCACGACCCGGAUCCCAAGACUGUGCAGGGGAGGUUCGAGUACAGACACCCUCUGUACACACCAUCUGCCGUGAGGGCACAGGCAAUGUUGGACAAGAUACAGAACAAGAGGGGCAUAAGCUACGCGGGUGCUUGGACCAAGUACGGGUUUCAUGAGGACGGUUUCAGCAGCGGGUUGAAGGUUGCGACCGAGCACCUAGGUGCCAAUCUGCCGUUCCAGUUCAGAGAUUCAACAUUCAGCCGGGGAAAGAAGCCGAGGCUCAGUCUCAAGAACCUGUUUAUCAGAAUGGGCAUACACUGGCUGCAGCUCUGGUUGAACGCUCUGGGCUGGCUCGGGAGGCUGGUGUUUGGAACCCCGGUGCCCGUGUAUCGUAUGAACGGCAACGGCAUGGCCAAUGGCAAGAAAGUGAAUGGGGUGAACGGUGUAAAUGGUCACCAUGGUGUGAACGGAACGAAGGAAAGACUUGCUUGAGAAUUUUGGAGUCGGGGAGUUGGAAGCACUUUUUAAAAGACAAGUGGAAAUGGACAAGAUGAAAUGGCGUUUGAUUGGCUUCAAUAUUUGGCGUAUCUAUCGGGUUAUGCUGGGUAGGUUUUGGACCAUGUCCUCUGUAUUUAAAUUAUAUGCACGAGAAUCAUUAGAUCAAAUUAGGAAAUAAUUUGGUUUUGGA